GUUCUAUACCGGCUUUCGCCUGUGCGAGAUUCUUUUUGGACUGUUGGGCCUACGAGACCUUCUUUUCUUUCUUUUAAUUGCAUAGCUUUUAAUUCAUUUCGCUGUACGUAUCCAACGGUCGAUUUUUACAUACCCUGUUUAUAUUACUAUCCAAUAAUACAUAUAUCAAAAUGGUCGACGCUCCUGAGAGUCCUGUCCCGCAGCAACAAACUCCCGUUAAGUCUUUCCAGAAUGGAGUCAGAACGACAGGCCGUGCCUUCCAUUCCCCCAACUGGCGUGUGAAGGGUGAGGAGAGCCCCAAUGCGCAAAGCGCGGGGUCCCCGGGUCCGAAGACCAAUACCUCAAGAAUCGCAUUCAGCAGACCCAGCCCUCAUGUCCCUCAAGCUAUUUCCGAAGGACGCCGUCUAUAUGUGGGCAACAUGCCCUACACUGCCAAGUCGGAGGAUGUGCAAGCGCUGUUCACCGCGGCCGAGUUUCCAAUCGAGCGGAUCGACAUUGCCAUUGACCCGUUCACCGGCCGUAACCCUUCAUAUUGCUUCGUCGACCUUGAAUCAAAGGAGUUGGCAGAGAAGGCCAUGAACGAAUUGGAUGGUCGCGACAUGCUUGGCCGUCCGGUUAAGAUUAAGCCGGGUGUGGUCAAGUCUUCUAGCGAGCGCUCCCAGCAACAGCAACAGCAACAGCAGCGGGCAGACGGAUCUCCUCGCUCUGACAGUAAGACAUCGCUUUUCACUAUGGACCGGUGGCGCCGCAACGAUGCUCCUACCUUUCCCAGGACCAACAGUGAUUCCAGCCGUCGGCUCUAUGUCGGUGGUCUUCCCCGGUUGACCGAUCAAGAAGAAAUUUCCAGCAAUAUCACAGAAUUCUUCAAGGACUACAAGCUUGAGAACAUUAGCAAGCUGUUCACUCCCCACCCCGCGAAGCGCUUCGAUCCCGGUGACCACUACUACUUGUUCGUCGACUUCGGCAGCGUUGAAGAGGCACAAUCGGCCAUGAACGCCUUGAAUGGGCAGGAGGGUCCUUGGGGGGCCCCUAUCCGAGUGCAGAGGGCUCGCGGAGAGACCAACUCUGAAGAUCGGAAGAACAAGUGGUCUUCUGCGCGAGGAGACGAAACCCCAGCUACCGGCGAUGUCUCCGUUGCUGUUUAAAAUAACCCCGAAUAGUCAGUCAUGCUUUGUUGGCUAGAAUAUAAUUGCAUAAACUUGGCGCUCAGAAUUAAAAAAACGGCAAAGGCAAAAUUGGAGUUUGGCGCUUUAUCACUUUGAGCAGGAUGGACUUUUCCAGAUUCUUGUCAGAACAGGCCCUCCCGAAUUCGUUCUAUCUUGGCGUCAAAAAAAUCCUUCCUGCAGCGGCACAGAGCAUCAUUGUCUGCUCAAGAAGACAUGCACGCCUCGGCCUUGUAUGGAAGGCAAAAAGGACACACUUGACGCCGGUCAACGCUUGGCUAUAGUUUUUUCAAAUCUAUCUCUCCACAUGGAUGACCAAGGCAAGAGCGGCUAGGGCAGAAAGAAGGAAAAAUAUGGAAAAGGAAAAGUGGAUUUCAAUGAUGAUUGACGACAAAAGGGGUAAAAUGGAAUAGAUCACGUCAAUGAAGUUCCAAUGUGACUAUGAUUUCUCUAGUGUCUAGACCUGUUCACUUAGCUUCCCACUAAUCAAUGUAACCGUCGGGAGUGUGAGGAUCUGCUUUUCCC